AAAUUAACACCGUAAAUGGGUAUAAUCCGCUCGGCGAUAGGUGUUCAAUUAAAUCAAUUUCGCGUUAUCAGGGGCGCCCGCGCUCGCGGUGCACACCUCCUCGCGUCACAGUGGUGGGGAUACGAUUUCGUCGACUUAUACACUCGACGUGCGCUCGCGCCGGUCAAACGAUCAGUGGACGUUGAGCGUGAUAUUUUGUUCAGAAAGAUGUGUAAUAUGUGUACCCGUGAUGUGAUCGACGCGCCCCCGGUGGCGCCGGCGCCGAUGCCGAAGACCUCUCGGGCCCUCGAGAGGAUGAAGAAGAAGCACAACAUCGUCACGGACCCCCACAGCAUGGAGAAGCAGCGGGAGGUGGAGUACCAGCCCGACCUGCUGGCGGUCUCCACCAAGUACUCCAAGGUCGCCUACGACCUCUUCAAGCAGGGCCUGGUCCGCCUGCAGGAGACGAAGGCAUACGUCAUUGUAACCCGCACCUCGCAGCCACUGCACGUGGCCCUCGCCCUGGUGGUGCUGUUCGCCUGGCUCAGCCGGCCCGGCGCCAGCUCCAACCUUCGCGGAUGGAGAGCACUAUACGUCGCAGCCGUCGCCACGCAUUUAGGAGCACAAGUCUGGAUGACCCUUGUUUCUGGUAUCGUCCUCUACUUCAACCUGCCGCGGCACGAGUUCGGGCGCGUGCAGACCGUGCUGUUCCCCGUCUACUACGCAUUUAACUCCGUCGUCAGCCUCCUGGCGCUGCUCGCCUACUACAGGACGCAGUGCCUCACACAGUUCGAGAACACUUCUUGGAUACAGCUAGCGCUGCUGCUAGCCGUGUUCAGUAUAGAGGCGUACGUGCGCCUGCGCCUCGUGCGCCCCAUGCUGCGCGCCAAGCACGUCAAGACGCAGAUGGAAGAAGCUGCUGGUGGUGGACAAGAAGUCGGUCGCCUAGUGCUAGGCGAGCUCGCACACUGUCCCCGCUACCUGCGCGUCCUGAAGACUUUCCGCGCUUACCACUCCAGCAUAGCGAUGGGCACCAUGAUAGCUCUCGGCUGCUCAUUAUACUCGACUAUGAUCAUAGUCGACUCCAUGUGCCGUUAGUCGACCAAGCACAACACUACGUGGACCGUAUCUUGUUCAUAAAAUUUCCGUUGGCAUGCUGUGUAAAUUUAUCGGAAAUCAAUUUGAAACAUCUUGUAAUUUAGCUUUUUAGGGUUUUCCAUUAAAUUCUCUAAAGCUAACCCAUUGUAUGAUUAAUGUUUUCAGUCUGAAUGUUACUCUACAACUGUUUUUUUUUUUGCAAUAUAAACAAGGAAAUUGAUAUUCAAUAACUUUUUCACUAAUCGCAAAUAUAAUAGCAAUUAAAUUGAACUGUAAUGUUUAGUUAUAAGGCAAAAUAAGUUGAAAAAAGUUUACAUAGCAUGAUACCACCGAUAAAAUUUAAGGGUCGAUUUCAUAAAUGCAUAACUAUCAUAGUUCCAAAUCAGGCUGUGAAGUCUGUUUUUCAUUAUCUACGAUUUUAAGAAAAAAUAUAGUAUUAAUUCGCAAUGAAUAAGUCGACUCGACAAGGACAGGGUGUGUGGCGCUGGUCGCGAGUGUUUCCCGAGGGAAACGUGGAGAAUUAUUGUUCCAAAUUAUUGUAAUGUUUAGAGAUGGUGGCAAAAGCGACUAAACACGACGAUUUUAGUGUUAAGUAAUUAACAAUUUUGUUUGAGGUGAUGAUUAGAUGAAAUUUAACAAGAUAGAUGAUUUAACGCGUACUUGCCAGCCACUAACAGUAACGGCGCUGUAACAAUACUACUAAUCUUGCCAAUCACUUGUCGUGGUCAUCGCGACCGGCCUCCGGAGGCAGCGGGCCCAACACUAGCUGCUUGAUUCUAUUGAAACUCAUGUUGUAUGCUCUCUAAUUUCCUGCAAUACUGCCAUAGUAUAGCACUUAGCCUAGUAAUAAGUUAUAUACUCUCGCCAAAGCAUUUUGUCGCACAGUAAUCGUAAAGAAAUGCUCCUAAACGCAGGAAGUUACGAGCGCGCAACUCUUACGACGCUUACGGCGUAGUGACUCUGAAGGUAUCUUUUGAAAUUGCCAUUAGCGAAUUGAUGGUCGCUGAAGUUUUAUUGUUGUGAUGACUCGAUUGUCUAGUCAGCAACAGACGCCGCGGUCGGCAAAUCUCGAAUUAAUUAGAUCGCGCGUUUACGGAACCCGAUAUUAAAAGUCUUGCAUUUAAACAUCGAUGUAUUGAAACGUUUAAAUGAUUACUUUUAACCGUCAAGCAGCUUGUGCCGUAUUGGCAGAGGGUUUGUUUAGCUAAUUAUAAGUUAUAUAAUGAUACAAUUACUAAGCUUAGUUAGUUAAUAAAUUUAUUUAAUCAAUUAAUGUGAAAUACAUGUUAGUGAUUACUGUUUACUUAUUAUUCGUAAAUGAUCUGAGUGUCUACGUGGGAUUAUUAUUUAUUUGAAGUGAGAGAACGAAGAAAGUAUUAAAAAUUUGAAAAUAAACAAUUAUUAUGAAAA